AUGAUUGUUAUUUUAGAGGCGAACGAAAGUUUUGGUGCUCAAUGGACGGCUUAUGCAGCAAUUACUUGUCUAGUAUUGACUGUGAUCUUGUGUACAUUGCUAUUCUUCAAAUUCACAAAUAAUGUAAAAAUUGCGUUAAUCCUGAUAGGAUUCAUAAUUGUAUUAUGGUCUGCAGCUAUCUGUUUUAUGUGUUGCCGAGAGCCUUAUUUUAACUAUUACUUGUUCUUGGGCUUCGUUAUUCUGGAAGAUUUUUCAACAAUUAUCGCCUGCAUCUAUGUCAAAAGAUUCAAACUAGUGGUGAUAAUAGUUCUGAUAUCUUUAUCGACGGCUUUUCUGAUAACUGGAGCAGUUUUAUUCUUUUUAGAUAUGAUUGAGCUGAAAUAUUCUAUAUUGAUUGGCGGCUUUUGGAACACUACCGUAGCUUUAUUGGCUCUAGUUUUUGCCAGCUCAUUGAAAUAA